AUGGAUGUUGACAUGGAUGACGACAACUUCGACUUCUGUCCUCCUUUCAUCACAACCGAGGACUACUCCUUUGACAACUCUAAAAUCUCAACCUUCCCAAUUCCAACCACUUUACUUGACAAGUUUUCAGACCCUCAAGUUCAUGUCAAAGAUUCAGAUAUUGCGUUGCCAGAAGAUGGUUUUUCGAUAUCUGUGGAGGAUUUUGAUAUUGAGGUAUUGUCAAAUUCGUUGAAGCAAAGUGAGGAGAGUUUGCAACUAACUUUGCCUACUGAAAACAUGGAACUCAACAAUGCAAUUCAUCUAAUCAAAGCUUAUAGAGAAGCCAUUGAUGAAGGGCAGAUUGAGCUUUCUGAGGUGAUCAUGAAGCGUAUAAGCGAGAAAGUGAGUCCGGUUGGAGGAGUCAUGGAUCAGCUUUUGUAUUACUUGUUCCAACCCGUCGACAAGCAAGCUGACUACCUUAGGCAAGAGUCUGACAAGAACUUCCGUGCAGCUUUCAUGACAUUCUACCAAAUAUUCCCAUAUGGGAAGUUUGCUCAUUUUGCGGCUAACCGAGCAAUCCUCCAAGCCAUGCCUCAUGAUGUGGAGCUCAUACAUGUCAUUGACUUUGACAUGGGGGAAGGGAUUCAAUGGCCUUCAAUGAUCGAAGCUAUCGGAUGGCAACAAAGGAAGGAGAUCAGACUUAGGCCUCACAUCGAAGCACUAAGCUUGAAAUGA